UUCUUGGAUUCUCUUUCACCCGAAAAUCCGUAGAGGGAUUCGUACCAGAGGAGAGGACAAUAAGAGGUAGGUUUCCAGAAAUGAAGAAGGAAAACAGCUCUUUGAUGUCGUUCUUACUGCUGCUCUCACUCUCAUUUCUGGCUAGCUCCAAAAGUCACGGAAACCCGGCUAGUGAAAUGGUGAACGUCUUGAACCAGAAUAGAACAGCCUGGAAACUUGGCAAACUACAUGAGAGCCCUGGCCUUGGCUGCAUAGCCCUCCAGUAUGCUGAGCUCUGCGAGGGUAAUUGCAAUGUCAACAACACUUUGACCUGCGAACCCCCUGAAGACGACUUCACUCAGGUUUUUGCCCCCAACUGUGGUGUAGAACUUCCCACUUUUGGUACCAUAACAGGCCACGUUCUCGGCUGCGGCACCCACUAUGCGACGCCAGAAGCCUCCUUCUCAGACAUUCUCUUCAGAGAUAACAAAUCCUUGUUGGUGCUCAGAAACAGGUCGCACACUGAGGUUGGAGUUGGAAUGGCUAGGUUGCAUAAAGGUACCUACUUUUGGUGCAUUCUGUUUAGUGAUGGUGGGACAAACUCUUCCUUUUCUCUGGAAGCCAAUGGCCGGGGAAUCAAACAAAGAAAAGGCUGCUACAGCGGAAGUGCUUUUUCUUGUAGCAAUGCGCACAUGAUUUGUAUGCGUCUUCUCAACAGCUUUCUGUGCAUUCUUUUGUCUAUUAAUACACUGUGGGUGUCCUUUCUUUAAGUGUUGAUUCAUCAUAGCCAUCACCGUGUAGUUUCUUUGACCCAAAUAAUGAAAGACAAGUCAGUUACCUGUUGUA